AUGAAGUCCCUCAUCAUCGUCACCACCCUCGCCCUCGCCGGCCUAGCCGCCAGCGAAAGCCGCACCUCCGCGCCCUCCGGCUGCAUCACCGUCGCCAAAAGCGGCGGCUCCUACAGCACCAUCCAAGCCGCGGUAGACUCCCUCUCCACCAGCGACUCAGCCGACCAGUGCAUAUUCCUCUCUCCGGGGACCUACUCCGAGCAAGUCUUGAUCAGCACGCGCGCCGCCCGCCUCACCAUCUACGGCUCCACCCCGGACACAUCCAGCCACGCCAGCAACAGCGCGACCAUAACCUCCAAGCGCAGCCAAAAGGACGGCCUGUCCAACGACGAGACGGCCACCCUCCGCGUGAAGGCGGCGGACUUCCGCCUGUACAACGUGGACGUGGAGAACGCGUACGGCGAGGGCAGCCAGGCGGUGGCGCUGAGCGCCGACGCCGACAGCGGGUACUACGGGUGCCAGUUCCGCGGGUUCCAGGACACGGUGCUGAGCAACAAGGGCAGCCAGCUGUUCGCGCGGUCGCUGGUCCAGGGCGCGACGGACUUCGUGUUCGGGAUGGAGGCCGCGGCGUGGUUUGAGAAGACGGAUGUGCGGGUGCUGAAGACGUCGCUGGGGUAUAUUACUGCCAACGGAAGAGACUCCAGCUCCAACCCCUCGUACUACGUCUUCAACAACUGCGACGUCUCCGCCGCCUCUGGCAGCAGCGUGCCGGGCGGGGCGUACUACCUCGGGCGGCCGUGGCGCGAGUACGCGCGCGUCGUGUUCCAGAACACGGCCCUCAGCAGCGUCGUCAACGCCGCGGGCUGGCACGCCUGGAGCGACAGCGACCCCCGAACGUCCGGCGUCCUCUUCGGCGAGUACAAGAACUCUGGCGACGGCGCCGCGGCUGCGAGCGCGCGUGCCGAGUUCGCGAGCGCGCUGGAGAAGCCGGUGGGGAUUGCGGAGGUGCUGGGGAGUGGGUAUAGGAGCGCGGGGUACUAUGAUGCUGAGUAUAUGUGA